AUGUCGUUAGCUGAAGAACUAUUAGCUGAUCUUGACGAUGGAGAAGAACCUGAAGACUUUCCAAUGGAAGAAGAGGAUGUUUCUGAAGUUGUAGAAGAAGUUAUGGAAACAUCGAAACCUGUUGGACUUUACAAUCGUAUAUCAGAUGUGGCAAAGCUUUCGAAUUCAACAGAGUAAGCGUGAAAAGCUGUAUUAUAUUGUAGUAUCAUGCUAUUUUUAUUUAUUUUUGAUUUUUAGGUAUCGAAAAGCAAUUGGAGAAAUGAACGAUCUUAUGAAGCUCCCUGAAGUCCCACCUUUUACCUCGCCGUUAGAAACAGAUCCACAGUAUAUGUUAGUGGUGCAAUUGUCGGAACUGGCUAUUGAAAUUGAGCAGGAAAUUACAGUAAUUCACAAGUUUGUUAGAGACAAGUACGAGAAACGGUUUCCUGAGCUGGAGACACUAGUUCAGAUGCCUUUGGAUUACAUGGCUACUGUCAAGUUGUUGGGCAAUGAAAUUGCUACUCGAUCUCAGAACAAAGAUCUGUUCGUUAAUGUCCUGCCCUCUUCUGGAUGUAUUAUCCUCAGUGUGACGGCUACAAACACACAAGGAGUUCCGCUGACUGAAGAAGAGCUGAAUAUAGUUAUUGAAGCGUGUGAAAUGGCUGAGAAGAUCCAGGCCGACAGAUUGAACAUUCACCAAUUUGUUGAAGAGAGAAUGACAUUGAUUGCUCCCAAUUUGUGCAAGAUAUUGGGAUCUGGGACAGCAGCUAUGAUCGUAUCACAGGCUGGUGGACUUGGACCUCUUGCUAAGCAACCAGCUUGCAACAUCUUGGUUUUGGGUAUGUUUUAUCUUAUCUUGGUUUAUAUUUUAGGCAUAAAAAGCUCUUUAAAACUAAUAAACUUUAUUUUAGGUAAGAAAAAGCGAACUUUGGCUGGAUUUUCUACGACCGCGAUCAACCCUCACUCAGGCUUUAUCUUUUACCAUCCUUUAGUGCAACGUCUACCUCCAGAUCAUCGACAGAAGGCGGCUCGUAUUAUUGCAGCCAAAUGUGCUUUAGCAUCUAGGGUGGAUUCUCUACAUCAGUCUUUGGACGGUGCUAUUGGUGAUGGAUUGGCGGCUGAAAUCAAGAGAAGAAUUGAUAUUUUGUUAGAGCCACCAUCAGUGAAAUUCCAGAAGCCGUUGCCGAAGCCCUUGGACAAGGCAUCGAAGAAACGAGGAGGCAGAAGAGUGAGAAAGGAGAAGGAGCGAAUGGGAAUGACAGAACUCAGGAAGAAGGCCAACAGAAUGAACUUUGCCGAGAUCGAAGAAGAUGUUAGACAAGAUGCCAUCGGUUUCUCGCUGGGUCAGGUCAAGUCUCAGUCUAUGAAUGGAGGUGGAAGACUACGAACUACAGUGGACAACAAGAACAAACAAAAAAUGUCACAGAAGCUUCAGAAGACACUCCAACGACGACAGCACGGUGGAAUGACUGCUAUCAAGACUUCGAAUGCUAAUGGAAUGAUGUCAUCUGUAUCAUUCACUCCAGUUCAAGGGGUAGAGAUCAUCAGUAUGACACCUGUCAACACACAGUCAAGUACGACAAGUGGAACUUCGUCUUACUUUUCUUCUACUUCCAACUUCAGAAAAGUUCAGACUCCGUUUAAAAAAUAAAUUAUUAUACACUUUAAAGAAGCUUUAGUUACAAAUUGUUGCAAUUUCUUUGAAAUAUUUUUAAAAUGACAUAAAGCGUUCUCAAUGUAAAUAAUCGUUUAAAGAUGAAUCAGCUGAAAGAAGGUUGGUUCUCAGAGUUGUCUCCAGAUCAAGAUGGUACAACAGAAAAUGUACUAGGCAAUCACUGGGCUGGUCAGGCGUUUUCACUUCAAGUUGAGGAAGUUCUGUAUCAUCAGAGAUCUCAAUAUCAAAAUGUUUUAGUUUUCAAAAGGUAUUUCGCAAUACAAGGCUUAUUUUAAAACAAGGUUCGCCCAAGAAUCGAACAUGGCUCAGACGGGGGUGUUCAAAAAUUUCAAACUAGUUUAAAACUGUUCAUUUUGUGACAUGAGGUAGUACUUAAGCAUAGAAAUGCAAAAAUAUAAAAAGUUUUUCAAAGUUCGGGUUACGGUAGGAUUUAAACUUUUUUUGUAACUAUUGUACUAAAUGUCAAUUGAAUGGAACUUUUUUUAAAUUGUUUGUCAUUAUACGACAUUCAUUUUACCUGUUGACAACUUUUUUUUAUUAUGCCCGGAAGGCGUUGAAAAAAAUUAAAAUUAGCGAAACAAUCAUCAAAAUUAAAAAAAAUUAAAAAUUUCUCGAAAAAACCUCACAUGUGAUAAACUUUUGACGAUAGGUAAUAUAACUACAUGCUAUUGCGGUUCUAGUGACACUAAUUUUGUGUCAUCCCAGCGGGGCCUGCGGUAGCUACAAAAUUUCAAAAGUGGCACCCUAAGGUCAUUUAGCAUAGGAUUUAGCUGUAAUUUAGCUCAAAAUGGUUAAAAAAUAUUCUCGCCACAUAUUGCAAGUUUUAUAAAUGUUUAAAAACAAUAUCGUUUAUGUUGCCUCAGGGAAUUUGUAGUUUAAAAAAAAUUAACUUUUUUUAAAUUAAAAUUAAGAAAAAAUUUUAAAGCUUGUAAAUUAGGGCCUGUGGUCGAAAAAAUUUUUUUCAACCUUCCCCUCUUCCAGAGAAAAUCCGUAGCAACGUUCCUGUAUAGGUCAUUUAUCAAAAGCCAAGGCAUAUUAUUUAAUUUCCAAGCUUUAAAAAAUUUUUUUAAAAUUUAAAGUUAAAAAAAAAAUAAUUUUUUUAAAUUACAAUUUUCCUGAAGCAAUAUAAAGGAAGUUGUUUUUAAACACUUCUGAAACUUUCAAUAUGUGCCGAUAAUCUUUUUUAACCAUUUUGAGCCGAAUUACAGCUAAAUCCUAUGCUAAAUGACCUUAGGGUGCCGACUUUGGAAAUUCAUUGCUACCGCAGGCCCCGCUGGCAUGACUCAAAAUUAGUGUCAUUACAACCGCAAUAGCAUGUAGUUAUACCAGUUAUCGUCAAAAGUUUAUCACAUGUGAAGUUUUUUUGAGAAAUUUUAAAUUUCGUUAAAUUUUGAUGAUUGUUUCGCAAAUUUUAAUGUUUUUCAAUGCCUUCCGGGCAUAAUAAAAAAAAUUUGUCGACAGAAGAAAUGAAUGUCGUAUAGUAACAAACAAUUUAAAAAAAAGUUCCAUUCAAUUCUGACAUUUAGUACAAUAGUUACAAAAAAAGUUUAAAUCCUACCGUAACCCUACCGUAACCCGAAUUUUGAAAAAUUUUUAAUAUUUUUGCAUUUCUAUGUCUAAAUACUAACUCAUGUCACAAAAUGAACGGUUUUAAAAUAGUUUGAAAUUUUUGAACACCCCAUGUCUGAUUCUUGGGCGAACCUUGUUUUAAUUUCUUAGCAAUACUUACGGUAAUGUGUUGGCAUUGGACGGAGUUAUUCAAUGUACCGAGCGUGAUGAAUUUGCAUAUCACGAGAUGAUGGCUCAUCUUCCUUUAUUUUCCCAUAAAAACCCAAAAACUGUAAGAACAUAUCUUGUUAUGUAGAUCACGUUCGAAAAAAGUUUUAAUAUUAUAAUUACAGUAGACUUAUGAAAUAAAAAUACACACUCAACCUUUCUUUUAUUAGGUAUUGGUGGUAGGAGGUGGAGAUGGAGGCGUUGUCAGAGAAGUCGUUAAACAUAGUACAGUUGAAUCUGUUACUUUAUGCGAGAUUGACAAAGAUGUUGUGGAUGUUGCUAAAAAGUAUUUUCCUACUAUCUCUUCUGCAUUGGAUGACAAAAAGGUCAAUGUUGUUAUAGGCGAUGGGUUGCAGUAUCUUCAGAAUCAAGAAAACGUGUACGAUGUAGUUAUCACAGAUUCCAGUGAUCCUCAAGGGCCGGCCGAAGGAUUAUUUGGGUUGAACUUUUACAAAUUACUUAAGAGAUCUCUCAAGAAGGACGGUAUUAUCAUCUCACAAGGUAUGCUCUACGUUAUCAUAGCUUAUUAAGUCACAAUUCACAGUAUUUUGGAAGAAUGGAUAUUUUACUAGUAUUUUACAGGAGAAUGCCCAUGGAUAGACUUAACACUUAUUUCCAAUGUUAUCAGUACUGUUAAGACACUGUUUCCUGUUGUGAGGUAUGCAAUGUCAUCCGUGCCUACCUAUACUACUGGUACGAUGGGCUACCUGUUGUGCAGUAAUGAUGCAGUAAGUUUUUGGUCAUAAUGAUAUACCAUCAAUAGGACAACGAUCUCAUAAACCCAGCAAAAGAACGAGAAGACCUGAAAGCAAUGAAUCUGAGAUACUACAACUAUGACCUCCACAAGGCGGUGUUCGCUCUGCCAAACUUUAUUCGAGAAACAAUUGGUCUUCAAAAAUGA